AUGCAUCAUGAGCAAAUUUGCGGGGAUCCAAAGUGUAAAUAUUCGGCAAAAGAUUUAAAAGAUUUAGAAAAUCACAGUCUCGUUCACAUAGGACCGAAAUUAUUUCAAUGUCCGGAAUGUCCAUACUACGCAAAAACAAACACGAUAAUAAAAAGGCAUUUUUUAAUACACGCAGACGAAAGAACUUUUCCGUGUCCGCAUUGUCCAUUUAAAGGAAGAUUAAAAUCACAUUUGAAACGUCAUUUGAGACUACACACGGGUGCUAAACCUUACAAGUGUCCUCAUUGUUCUUAUUCUUGUAACAUAUUGGUAAAUAUUUUUCAUUUUAUUAUUAUUAUUAUUUAUCACGCGUUCGACGCGUCAGAUUUUAUGAAAAACGAAAAUUUAAGGAAACACGUAUUAAACACGAGAAUACACCCGGGUAAAAAACUCUACGAAUGUAAAUUGUGCACAUACGAUACGAACGUGUCAAAAGAAUUUAAAUCUCACUUGUCGGAAAAUCACAAAAACGAUUAUCGCGCCAAUGAAACCGUGGCUGCAGCUGGGAUUUAUAUAAGAGACGAAGAUGAUUUCAACGUAACGAAUCCGAUUUGUAAAAAAUCGUCAAAAGAAAAAAUAAAAACGAUCGCAAAAAAAUUCAAUCCGAUAGCACCGAAACCGUUCGAAGAUGGUAAAAAAAUUAUUAAAAAUGGCGGAACAUCAUUGGAAGACAAGAGAAAAAUAUUAGAAAUGGAAUUGGAAAAACUUAAAAAACAAAUCAAACCGAAGGAUAAAAAAUGUUUACGUUCGUAUCCGUCGCCGAUUGAAAAAGAUUUCAAAUUAAAAAUGGCGGCGGGUAAAAUGGAAAAAGUUGUCGAUUGCGAUUUAUAUAUUAACGACACGUUAAUUAAUAAAUACGAAAAGACUGAAUCCAAAGAAACCAAAGAAACAACUACGACGACGACAGAAGAAUACAAUAAUAUACUUUUAAUAAACGUUUUAUCAAAUUCAUCAUUAUCAUCUCGAUCCGGUGAAGAAUGUUCGUCUAAAAUCGACAGCAACAGCAUCACCACCGCCAUCACCACCACCACAAGCCCCCCACCAAGCGAACAAAUAAAAUUUUCACCGUCUUACGUUUUAUACGAAAAUUCUUUACAAUCGACUGAUACUCAAUUUUACGUAUUAGAAGACUAA